GUUUUUUAGUAGCAAACUCCCUGUUAACUUCCGUGUGAAAAUUUAAAGGGAAUUGUUAUAUUUAGCCUCUUUUUGUAUGAAAUAAUUUUUUUAAAUAUGAUAUUAUUAGAAAUUAAUAAUCGUGUUAUUGAAGAUAUUUUACGAUUAAAGUUUAAAAAUGGCUUAGCUGGAGGAAAACCUGAAUCUGUAGAUGUUACAAUUGCAGAUUUUGAUGGAGUUUUGUUUCAUAUUUCAAAUUUAAAUGGAGACAAAACAAAAAUUCGAGUUAGUAUUUCUUUGAAAUUUUAUCGACAGUUGCAGGAGCAUGGUGCUGAUGAGUUACUUCGACGAGAAUAUGGAGCAUUAUUAACAAGUCCUGAAGAAGGGUACAAUGUAACUCUUCUUUUUGACUUGGAAAACAUUCCUCCUGCUUAUGAUGACUUAAUUUUAAAAGCUGGUCUUUUGAAACGAAAUUGUUUCGCUUCUGUAUUUGAAAAGUAUUUUGAGUUUCAAGAAAGAGGUGAAGAAGGUCAUAAAAGAGCUGUGAUUCAUUACAGAGAUGAUGAAACUUUAUAUGUAGAAGCAAAGUCUGACAGAGUUACGGUCGUUUUCAGCACUAUUUUUAAAGACGAGGAUGAUGUCGUAAUUGGGAAAGUGUUUAUGCAGGAAUUCAAAGAAGGCAGAAAGGCUAGUCAUACUGCUCCUCAAGUUCUGUUCAGUCACAAGGAACCUCCCAUGGAACUAGCCAACACUGAUGCAAGAACAGGAGAUAAUAUUGGAUACAUAACAUUUGUUCUCUUCCCAAGGCAUACCAACAAACAAGCUAGAGACAAUACUAUAAAUCUUAUACAUACAUUCAGAGAUUACUUACAUUACCACAUCAAAUGCUCUAAAGCAUACAUUCAUUCCCGUAUGCGUGCCAAAACAUCAGAUUUCUUAAAAGUUUUGAAUCGAGCCAGACCAGAACCUAAAACUGUUGAAAAGAAGACUAUUACUGGGCGGACUUUUGUGCGGUCUUAAAUAGUGACUGAUGAUAAAGAAUCAAAUCUGUAAAAUAGUUCAUUCUUUUUAAAAGAAUAAUGAAAUCAUUGGUGGAGCAUUGCUCAUAUAUUAGACUAAUACAAUUUAUGAACUAUCUUCCUCACUUAACCAUAUGAAUGGCUUUCUGAUGUCUCAAAUGCUAAGCAAAUGAGAGAAUAUUUAAUAAAUAAUUCUAUAAUUAAAGAAAAAUUAUAAUUGCUGUUAUUUUCACUUGACUGUUUUGACUUUUUUUAUUUGCAAUUACUUUUUUUUUAAGGAAUAAAUUACUUUAUAAUUAUA